GAAGGUGGACAGCUGAGAGCUUGCCGUGGGGUUUUGUCAUUUGGGUUGUGCACUGUUAGAGCACCAUGCAACACUGAACCCCUUGUUAGGUUUUCAGAGACACAGAAUUUAAAUGACAGUACGGAGGCUUUGCAGACCCUGGAGACACAAGUAAAGUACUUUAUCAAGCAGAAUGAAGACCAUUUCUGUCUUCUGCUAUCUUCUUUAUGCUGCUGGGAUCACCGGUGCAAGCAUCAACGUGGAGGCUGUCGAAGGGCAAGAAGUCUCGUUCCAGUGUUCACACAAGUAUGCAAGGACCAACCACAAGUACCUCUGCAAGGCUCUGUGUAAAAACAGAGAAGACGUACUGGUCACUGUGCACGCCGGUGGACGAGCGGCGUCGGGGGGGAUCACUCUGGUGGACUCGGGGGACGGCGUCUUCACUGUGACCUUCAGUCACCUCCAGCUGUCAGAUUUGGGGCAAUACUGGUGUGCAGUGGAGCGAUUGGGCUUCGAUACAUUCACUAAAGUGCAGGUGACUGUAAAGGAAGCUCCACUCACUACUCAGAAGCAAGCGGUUGCAAGAGAUACAACUGAAGCCACAUGGACAUAUCCCGGAACGUCCCUCUCAACAGAAUUAACACCUGCAACGGACACACGUUGGCCUGCAACCCUUUCCACAGGCCCCGUGUUGUGCACCACUGUCGGAACUGUUGCCGCUCUCACUAUUUUGAUGCUGGCAACCGUCAGGAAAUGCAGAAAAAACGCAAAAGCUCCACCAAAGGUCUGCUCAAACAGCCCAGUGAGUGCAGAAGAAGGAGAGGAUGACUGUGAGUACGAUGACAUUAGGGACAACGUGCACUCAGUGAAAACCACAUCUGGGCUUUUCUCUUACUGUCCCUCCCCGAAGCGGAAGCCAGCGACAGCAGUCGAACGUAGCGUCCCGCUUCCCAUUUAUGAAAACACCCGUCGCUACAAACCCAACAAACAAUCUAGACUCUCCGCUGCAAAGCUGCACGACCAAUAUGAGGCCAUCUCCAGCAUCUAUGUCACUCCUUUGCCACAUGUAUAUCCAAAAGAACGGGCAAAGAAGAUGGAAAACACACACACAUGACACAAGCAGACCUGCAGUGAGCAGCAGGAGCUUUGGUCUUCAUGUGUUAAACACACUGAGUUAUGGACACUGAGGCACAACUUCACUGCACCUCCUGCGAGGCUGGCUGAGUGUGAAGAUAUUAUCAAGUAUUCGUUGUGGACCCUGUGUGUGUUGGUGGCGUCUAUGUCAGGACACAAUGUACGUGUGUGUGUGUGUGUGUGUAUACACGUUUGCUAAUGUGUUUGCGGUGAGUGAGUGCGUGUGAGGAUGGGGGGGCUUUCACAUUUCUGAAGUGUUAAGAUAUGCCUAAAAAUAAACAUGAAUGCUUCUGUGUCAGAGCUUCUAAACC